UAGGAGCAAGAUGGCGUCAUGGUUGGAUUUGCCGAAGGGAGCGCGGGGGAAGGCUUUGUAUGCAUUGCGGAAGUUAGAGCAGCAUUGGAUGAGGAUUUUUCCCAAGUGCGUAGCGCAAUCAAUAUGCUGGUAGAUUUUAGGUAGCCUUGUUCUCAAAUGUGCUUUGUUAAAAUCCCCAGCUAUAAUAAAUGCAGCUUCAGGAUAUAUGGUUUCCAGUUUCCAUGUAGUCCAGUGAAGUUCCUUGAUGGCCAUCUUGGUGUCUGCUUGAGGGGGAAUGUACACAGCUGUGACUAUAACUGAAUCCUACAGACGAAGAACCAUAUAUGUGACAUUUAAAAAAAAAAAGAGAUAUACAUGAAAAAUCAUUAUUGGACACCAUUUUUCUAUAGUGAACCGGUUUCACAAGCUUUCCAUGCGCUAAUUAACAAUAAUUUUAAAUUUAAAGAUAGGCUCUCGUGGAAUAACCGUUUAUGUGCACCACUCCGAAUGGACGAACAAGCGCACAACAUUUCUGUUGCUGAUGAAAAUCGCAGAAAUGUGGGAAAGAAACGUAAAACAAAACUAAAAGAAUGGAAAGACAGGCAAAGGAAGAUCUUACGGGAUGCGGGAAAACCCUAUACAAAUCGUAACGGUCAAGAAAAAACUGGGAAAAGCUGUCCAAAAGAGCAUGAGGUGAAACGGAGACGUAAACCUGAGGAUACAAAGGACAACAAACGACGGAAACAAACCUUCAAAUACCGUGUACAGCAAGCAGGCCAGAGAUUGAAUGUGUGCAAGGUUACUUUCAUGUCUGUGUUCCAGCUAACCAACAGCCGCCGUCUUCAGGCUACAUCGGAUACAUGCUACAGUGAAAGAGGGCAUCAAGGAGCACAUUCUAUCUUUCCCAAGAACCCAGAACCACUACUCACGGAUGAAGGGGGAUGUACACAGAGAAUACCUCAGCCCUGAUCUGAAUUUGUUGCGAAUGUACCGACUCUACAAAGAGAAUAAUACCACAUCAUCUGCAAAAUUCUGGGUUUAUAGGGACAUUUUCAAACAGCAGAGUCUCAAUUUCGGCCAACCCAGGAGUGACACCUGUGGCAAAUGUGACGCAUUCUUCACUAAGAUGAAGUUACACCAUCGAAAAGCCAAAAAGGCCUACACACAGCUUCAAAGUGACACUGAGUGGGCUAAAGCCAAUGCUGACUGCCAUGUCAUUUCUGUGGAUCUAAAGGGGGUGAUGUACACCCCUAAUCUGACCCACUCCAAUGUCUACUACCAGCGGCAGCUGUCAAAUUUUAACUUUUGCAUCCAGGAACUUGGAAAAGAAGAUCCUGCAUACAUGUGUGUUUGGCAUGAGGGGAUUGCACACCGAGGGUCCAUUGAGGUGGCAAGCUGCAUAAUGAAGUGGGUGAAGACAAAAUUCACGCCACUCACCAAACCAGAGGUGUGCAAGUUGAUCAUAUUCAGUGACAGAUGCUGUGGGCAGAAUAACAACUGGCGGAUGCUCAAUCUGAUGUCGAUGCUCGUCUCUAUGGGUUACUUUACCCAAGUUGAGCAGAAGUUCAUGGUCUCUGGUCAUUCUUUUCUUCCUUGUGAUCGAUCUUUUGCCACCAACGAGAAGAGGCGCAAGGUGUCAGUCCUUCAUACACCUGAUGAUGUUUCAAAGAUGAUACUUGAAGCACAACCAGCAAAACCAUUCAAGGUGAUGAGGAUGCAAUGUGAAGACUUCAGGCACCUCCCAGAUUCUGUCCUCAAGCGACCAGCUGGACUACAGAUCACCUCAGUGAGGUGGUUAAAAGUCACAGUUGAGGAUCCUUGGAAUCUGUACGCCAAACAGAGCCACAGUCUAUUUGAGGGAUGGAAGUCGUGGCUGAUCUCCAAACCAAAACAAGGAGCUACACCUCAACCUCCCUAUUUUGCAAGCCACUACCCUAGAGCAUAUGAGAGUCCUCUGCCCAUCAAAAAAAAACAAGUACCAAGAUCUGAUGACCAUGCUCAACUACUUGCCAGCUGCUGCACACUCUUUUUAUGAAUCACUGCAGAGUGAAUAAUUUGUUGUUACACCAAGCUACAUAAUUAAACGUUUUUCUGUGAGUUUAUGAUCCCCUGAACCUGUAUACUGUAGUAUGUUGAAUCUGUAUACAUUUCAGAAGACAUGUCACCCCUAUUGUAGGAAAUUAAAUGUAUCGUAGGUGUUUUCUAUGUGAAUCAAUUUGUGUAUGAUUUGAACCAGCACAACAUAUUGAAUUCAUUUAAUUUUAAGAUGUUGUUCCUAGUGUAGAAAAUGUUAUGUACAAUGUGUUCUGUUGAUAAUUAUUUUGUGUGAUCAUUUGAACCUUUUUUAAUCUGAAUGAAUUAAAAACAAAUAAGUCAUCA